AAGCGUUUUAAUCAUAAUUACCGAAGUAUGUACAGACAUUGUUUGUGUGGACUUUUGAAGGUGGGCCAGUUAGUUGUACCAUCAGGGCCUUUCACCAAUCGAAUAAUCUACCGUUUCUCAAAUGACGCCCGACAAUCUUAUAGGCAAAUGCAGAAAAAAGAUAAAAAGGAUGUUCGUGCCAUGGGAUAUGUACUUCUGGUAAUCCCUGUAUCUGCUCUGAUGUUAGGGAUUUGGCAAAUCAGACGACGCAAGUGGAAGCUGGAGCUGAUUGAAGAGAUGGAAAGUAAGGUUAACCAUCCGCCAGUUCCUCUGCCUUCAGACCCAUCAGAAAUAGCUACUUUGGACUACCGUAAGGUGAAGGUCAGAGGAAAGUUCGACCACAGUCGUGAGGCCUACAUACUUCCCCGGGUCAACAUACAGUCCCUGGAUAAAAAUGCACCGACGCAGGGGGGUGGGGCUUACGUUGUCACCCCAUUCAGGCUUGAGGAUGGAAGUGAUACGAUUCUAGUAAAUAGAGGGUGGGUACCACGUAGUAGAAUUGAUCCUGAAACAAGACGAACCGGACAGAUUGAUGGAGUCGUUGACUUAGUUGGGGUUGUAAGAACUAAUGAGAAGCGUCCCCAGUACUCAUCUACCCACGACGCCUCCCGAAACGUUUGGCACGUCAGAGAUGUUGGCGGUAUCGCUCAGCAACUUGGUACAAGUCCCAUAUUCAUAGAUGCCGAUGCAGGAAGUACGGUAGAGGGCGGACCUAUUGGAGGUCAAACAAAGGUCAGUCUAAGGAAUGACCAUCUCCAGUACAUUAUCACGUGGUUUGUUUCGAUGGUUUUCUUUAUCCGCAGCAACCUUUUACAUGUGGUUCAAAGCUUACUGGAAAAAAUGACGCAAUGAUGAAAGAAUGAAGGCCAUAUUAUAUGUUAAUACCAUUAUUGAAUCAUAAUGGAUGUACUCUAGAGCAUGAAAAUAUAUGGUUUGGUAAUCGAAAUCUCGAGACCCCCCAAUACAUAGCGUCUUGAAAUCGUUCAUUUGACACGCCACACUGAACAUACACUAUAGUUCGAUUUUUUGGAAUGUGGGGCUGAUACAGUAAAUUAAGCUGGUAGUUUGUUUGUUUGUUACUAGAUUCAUGGAGUACUCAACCGAAGCGUUGAAAUGAAAAUAAUUUAGUAUGUAAUAUUUUGAAUCGCUCGAAUUGCUAUCAAUCGGAAUCAUUUUCGACAAAAUAUCAACGACUUCACAUGAACAAAUUCAACAUUUUUCAAUAGUUUUGAUAAAAAUGAAUAAGUACUUGAGAAUUAUUUCUAUUAUAAAUUGUUAUUAGGUGAUAAUUUUAUAUUUAAAUCAGAAGAAAAACAAUCAAAGCGUUAGAAAUACUUAUAACUAGUUUUGUUAUAUUAGACAUCGAUUGAAUUUCAAGUUUUUGCAAGUCUUCAAUCUCCGUAAAAAACUCGAUUUUUUGUUUGGGUUUAUUUUUAUUAAUGGAAAGUGUCCGAUUUUCAAGAAAUGUUUGACUAACGGUAACAUUAAAUAUAUUUUUCAAUAUAGAUGACUUAACGUCUAAAACUACAAAA